AUGACGCCGUCUUCGCACUCGUUUCAAAACAAUUUCUACUGUGCUUGCCAAAAAGUGAAUUUGAAGCGAAUCUUGAUCGAUACGGUUAGCCUCCUCUGCCAGAAUGGACUGACCUACCGACAGAAUUUGAAGAUAGAGGGAGUCAUCGGGGUGACGGUGGAUGAUGUUGUCUUCCUCGUCCACAUCGACCAAGCCGUCACAUCCCAUCACAACAGUGGCGGUGUUAGCGAUUGUUAUGCUGGGGAAAAAGACCACAAAUUAUCCGUCGGACCUAUCCGGCCGAUCAUCAACCCUUCAACUUCAACACCAGAAAAACAGGAUAAAGACGUUUCAAUUGCCAAUGACAACGAUUAUAACAAAGAUCAUCACAUUAUGAAAACUCCAAUAAAAACUGAGUCUGAUUGUUUCAUGGAAAUUAAUGAAUGCAGUGACAGUUUAAGAAUUGCAGCCAACAAAAAUAGUAGUAGCCCCACUCUUGCCUGUCUUGCUAUUCCUCCUCUUCAUGCAGCUGCUACAAACAAAACCAGUCCAAAAUCUUUCUCUUUGAAAAAAGUUUCUCCCAAGAAACAAGUCAAAAAGUUAAGUUUUCAAGAUAAUAAUCAUGAUUUUAAUGGCUGGUUAGGUAGUGGUGUGUAUAAUAGCACUAACAAUUCUGAUGGAAACUCCUACUUUAAUGAUGGCCUUGAUCCACAACCUUUUUUUGAGAAUCAAAGCUAUCAAGAUAUUGGGAAUGGAGACAAUACCUAUUUUCCACUACUAGAUACACAGCAAGAACGAAAUUCUUCCUUCAGUCAGGACAAGAAAGAUAAAAAGUUAAAGUCCCAUCAGUGUCAGUACCCUGACUGUGGCCGGGUUUUUAAUAGGAAGGAUAGUUUGGUCAGGCACCAGAGGACACUGCAUGGCAAACAGUGGGGAGUCGAUAGCCAGCUGAUGUACUUUUGCAGUGAAUGUCCUAGAAAGUUCUACAGGACAUCUUCAUUGAGUCGACAUUUGAAUGAAACUCAUGGACACCCAAAAUUAUAAUUGUUCUUCUUUUUCUUUGUUGUUUUGUGUAGAAUUAGUUUUUAAACAUUUAAUUUUUAACAUAAAGUUUUCAUUUUUUACAAAAAUCACAUAAUUUUUGUUCUCAUUUUAUAUGCUCUCUAAUUUACAGAUUACCAAAUUUGUGUGCUGUUUUGUGUCAGUCCUAUAUGUAUAUUUAAUUAUGUUACUGUUAAAUUUGUAGGUCUAAAUUGUUUUAUAACGAGUUUUUUGUUGUUAAAGGACAUUAGCUGGCUCUUGAAGCCAAAACUUAACUGAUUUUACCUUUAUUUUAUUUACCAUCAAAAAUGUUUUAAAAUUCGUUUACUGAUCUGUUGUAUUUCAAUUUUUGUAACGUUUUUGUAUUAAUUUCUGUAAAUUUGUAUUUAGAUAUAAACUUACUUUGAGGAUAAUUAACUAUUUUAAAUAGUAAUCUUAUACUUAGAAGAAAACUUGACGUCAUUGUUUGCCAGUGAGCACUGUGUAUACACACACACACACACACAUAUACAUAUAAUGGGCAUUUAACAAUUUACUUUUAAACCUCAUGUCGCGUUCUUACCUCGUUGGUUUAAAUUUUCGUAAAAAUAGGAUCUAGAUAUUAAGAAAAUUCAUAAUUUCUGCGUUAAUCUGUAAUCUUCAUAAUUGAUUUAUGGAAUCGGAGAAAGAUCACAUAAGAAGCGUCCUGGUCGACGUGGUUGGUUACCUCUGCCGGAACGGACUGACCUACCGGCGAAGUUUGAGAAUCGAUGGGGUCAUUGGGAUUACUGUGGACGAUGCAGUUUUUCUCGUUCGCAUCGACCAAACUAUUGCCCCCUGUCAAAACGUUUUGGUGGGUGGCUCCGUGACUGAAAGCCGACAGAACGUCAAAGUAAAAAUCGAGCAACCCUCUCCAGUUAAUAUCAAGCCUCCCCCAAUGCGUCGGCCUACCUGUUUAAUUUCUGCCGCUACUGCUGCCACUUCUACUGCCUCCAAUCUGACUAGAAAUGUAAAUUCCAGUAAAAUUAAUAUUAAUAGAAUUAAAAUUGAUAAUCUGCAUAAGAAAGUUCUCCUUUCUCAAAAGAUGAAAACAAGCAGACCAGCACAUGUAGAUGUACCAUUAAUAUUAAAUGAGAAUGACAUAGAAGAGGAAGUCGUUGUGUCAUCCAUUGAAAUCGUACCUCAAAAAUAUUGCCAACCGCAAGAAAGGCGCCAGCCAUUGAUGGAUAAUUGUAAUUCUAACCAGCUGCCAUUAUCCUUAAAAAUUGAACCCAAUAAUUUGGCUAGUUCAAGCAAUGAUGAUGCCAUGCAAACCGACAUUAAUGACCAAGAUGGAAAUCUUAACUUAGAAUGUUUAGAAUUUGAAAAUCAAGACGAUGGAAAUGAUGAAAGUGUUGGCCAUCAAGAGAAUCAGCAACAGAGUGACAACGAUCGUCAACAGCAGAGCCGUCAAAAUAAUGAGAUUGAUGAUGUGGAUCUACAUAAUGUAAGAAGAAAUAAACAGCAUCAGCAACAAGCUGCAAAC